GCAUUUACCCCAUUCCAUUCUUAUUGCCAUGCAACUCCCUCCACAUUCUACCCUGUCUCUAUGCCAUUCCCAUCCUCUCCUCGUCAUGUCCUCUUCCCACCUCAUCCCACCCCAUUCCCAUCCCACCACAUCCAAUUCCGAACCCAUCCCCUCCCCAUCACGUCCUGUCCUGACUCCAUCCUCCCCAUCCCAUCCUAUCCCUACCUUCCAACCUGACGCUAUCCCACCCUCUCUGUGCACCGUCCUGCCCCGCCUGUACCACAUCGUGGUCCCCACACACGGUGCCAAACUUACACAAUUCUAUUCCCUCAUCCUGAUCCCAUCCCACUCUGAGCCCCUGUCCUCAUUCCCCAGCUCCCUGCCCUAGAGAGGGACCCCCCCAUCUCUCUGCUCCCCAGGAAGGGCAGGACUGGCGCCGUCUCCCCAGGAUACCGCCCUCCCACCCCAGCAGCUGCAGCUGGGAAAGCUCCUCACCCCACCUGCCUCUGGGUACUUAAGAGCCAGAGGCGGCCCCGGGAGAGCAUCUGCUGCUCGGGAUGGCUACGGGGGAGCAGAGGCAGCAGGAGCGACGCCGGCAGAGGGCUCGGCAGCAAGAGCUGCUCCCAGCAGAGAUCCUGGGCAAGCACCCCCUGCAGAACAGAUGGGCACUCUGGUUUUUCAAGAAUGACAAGAGCAAGAUGUGGCAGGCAAACCUGCGCCUCGUCACCAAAUUCAGCACUGUGGAGGACUUCUGGGCGCUGUACAGUCACAUCCAGCUCGCCAGCAAGCUCACAGCUGGCUGUGACUACUCCCUCUUCAAGGAUGGCAUUGAGCCCAUGUGGGAGGACAGCCAGAACAAGCGUGGCGGGCGCUGGCUCAUCACCCUGGCCAAGCAGCAGCGGCACACCGAGCUGGACCGCUUCUGGCUGGACACAGUGAGUGCUGCCCCUCUCGGGGGUCCUGCCUGUGGUGUGCCCCCUGCCCCAGGGCUGAGCCCCAGUGGGGACCGUGCCAGGCUCCCUUUCUCCUCCCAACAGCUGCUGUGCCUCAUUGGGGAGAUGUUUGAUGAGUACAGCGACGAGGUGUGUGGGGCCGUCAUCAACAUCCGCACCAAAGGGGACAAGAUUGCCAUCUGGACCCGGGAGGCGGAGAACGAGGAAGGGGUCACCCACAUUGGGCGUGUCUACAAGGAGUACCUGGGGCUGUCACAGAAGGUGGCCAUUGGGUACCAGGCCCAUGCGGAUACGGCCACCAAGAGCAGCUCCCUUGCCAAGACCAAGUUUGUGGUGUGACUGUGGGGAGAGUGAGGAGCUGCCUGUCAAGUUCCCAUGUUCUGUCUCACAAUAAAUUUCUGCAUCUGAGCAUGA